AUGUAUUAUUCAACUCGUCCUCGAUGGGAUAUCCCUGAUCCCAACAACUUCCCUCUAGCUUUGCACAAUACUCGCUACAAUGGGUGGCCCAAACCUCCAAUACAGCUUCCUCAUGUCGCUGCGCCUUCGUUCAAGAAGCCCGCUGAACAGCACGUCACAUUUGCCCUCAACACCCCGUCAAACCGUCGUCCCGUUGACGGUAACGCCAUUCAUACCCAACCAUACUCGAUGCAUCUUCAACUUGACACUCACCCACGCGCGAAUUCUGGGGCGCAAGGUAUUUCCCCCCUCCUUCGUUUUGCUCUAAACCCAUUUUUUUCUGUAGGUAUCAUGUGGCCAGUUGAAUACCAAUCCCAUGACGUUUCCGACUCGUGCACGUGGAACGGUGGCCAGAAUCCAUCUCUCCAAGGUGUUUUUGAGACGCGUACUGCAGCUCGACACCACAAAGAGAAUGCAGCGAUUAAACGCAAGUGUCCCCGUUCGUUUAGUUACGACUGCCAAGAUGUUGAGUUGCGUGCUUUCUUAGAUGACCCUGCACGACGAACAAAGAUUUCAAUCCCACUGAUCGAUAAGGACACACAAAUCGCCUACCUCCUCGCAGCACCAUGCGCGCAACUGGUAAACCAUUGGCGAUACCCACCGAACUCGCUCUAUUUUCCACCAUCAUCUUCAUAUGCAGGGUGGGGAUCUGAGUUCCUUCGAGUACUCACGCUAGCACGGCACAACCGAAUACGACUGAUCAGCCAAGACUUUCCCUGGGCAUUCAACAUCAGCCCUGAACCCAGUGCUGCAGAACAAGGUGUGACGUGUCUCGAUGUCCUCAAUGCGCUGCAUGCUGCAUUGCAACGUCCAUUCUCGGAUACAGAGUGGGGAGCCGCUGCGCAGGACAAACAAGCGAGCCUCAUCAGAGCGCGCGAUCGUCAGCUAAAUAUGAAACCUGCUUUGUGGCUCUGA